UGUAAUCUUAGCUGCUACUUUAUUUGUUCGCUGUUUUUGUAGGAUUUUCAUUGGUCGAGACAGAACACCACAAAGCAAGGCUGAACAGGACUGAGAAGAAUUGAACAAGGCUUAACAAGUGGUGAAACCAACUCAAAAUUUAACUGAGCAAGAACUAACAUAAUUGUUUUACUGGGGCAAUGCUAAAGACGACACAUACAAGGAGCACUAGCAAGGGAAACGGAGAAAAAGAUGUAUUGCUUUUAAGUCCAAAAAUCAGCUGGGCUGGGAACUGGAUACAUAAUAUGUGUAAAACCACUAUGAGCGCUUUGCAAAACCAUGUCUUAAUUCUAGCAUUCCCCCAUUAAAUAUUUAAGGUAUAUGGAUUUCGUUCUGAAUAAUAUCUCAAUGCAUGUCAAGAAGCGGCGACAGAGUCUCAUUAACUCCAUGAAUAAUUCAGCAUACUUUUAUUCCAUAAGUCGUGCAUUUUCUUUCAUGUGCAAAACCCAUCGACAAUAGCGUUACUGGAGCAUGUAAGAGAUUCACUAAACCUGAUUGUCAUAAAGACAAUACGGCUUUUGUAAUUUGCAAUUUGUAUUCAAAUUAUUAUUCGCUAGUGAAAGCAAUUAACCGGUCAAAGAAUGGUUACUAAGAGACCGUAAACAACAUACUUGGUUUAUAGCAAAAUUCUUCCAUGAUUCGCAGAAACCUAAAAACUCUCCGAAAGCAUUUGCAAAAGAACACAAGCAGUAAGGAUGUCUGAAGUUUCAGAUGACUUUGAUGAAGACGAAGGAGUUCAUUUAGGCGACUACGAAGGGGACAGAAAUGAAAAUGACGAAAGACAUGGGUAUGGAAAGGCAACACUUCCAAACGGGGAUACAUACGAAGGACAAUAUCAAAAUGGGAAACGUCAUGGACAGGGAACAUAUCGUUUUAAGAACCUAGCAAAGUAUGUUGGGGAAUAUACCAAUGGAAAAAAACACGGACAAGGCACUUUCAUAUAUCCUGAUGGAUCGAGAUACGAAGGUAGUUGGGUUGAUGAUCAACGCAAUGGUCAUGGGAUAUAUCGAUUCGCCAAUGGUGAUACUUAUGAGGGGGACUGGUACGAGCAUAAGAAGCAUGGCUACGGAGUGUACACGUACGCAGCAACAGGAACGAGCUAUCGAGGAAUGUGGGAAGCAGGGAGAAAGAAAGGACCUGGAGAUGUCGUUCAUGCCAAUCACAAGUUCAGUGGUCGUUUUGAAGAUGACUUACCCAAAGGCCAUGGAAAAUACCGUUUCGACAUUGGAUGUGAGCUGUUUGGCGAGUAUACUCUCGAAGAGCAGGUUGUACAGGGGAAUAACGAUGAUGACGAACCUAUUUUGAUGACUAGGCCCAAGUGGAUAACCAAUGGCAGAAUGACGCUUCUAAACCCUUAGUUCCGUUUUGUGUAAAAAAAAGCAUCAUAAGUGGAGUGCAAAGAUCUGCAUCGUAUUUGUGAUCUUUACUAGCAUUGUAGAUAAAUUAUUGGAUUAUCCUGGUUGAAAGCCUUUAAAAACAA